UACGGCAAAAACAUAAUUAUGAUUUCGAAUAAUUAUGUUGUGCUAGAGGAAUAUGUAUAAUUUAGGUCACAGCAUGCAGCUACUGCAAUCCUCUCAUUUUUACUGACAUUUAUAAUAUAUUCCUUUCCAAAAUGUGCUAUGAAAUAAGAGUUUUUCUUUUCUUUUCACGAUAGGAAGUCUUAAAAUGUUAAAUUAAUUAUUUUGGAGAAAUAAGAUUCUAUGUUUCACUAUAUUUACACUAAUCAACAAGCAGAUAAAUAGAAAAAAAUGAACCAGACCUCCUAAAAAACAUGCUCAAAGUCAAUGUUUAUAUUGAUUUCAUCUAUUUAUUGACCAGUUAAUUAGAUAGCUACAUAGAUGUUGUAAUUAAACAACCGCUGACCACCGGGUGGGGUUGUUUACCCAUCUCAGGGGCAUGAUGAAGGCAGCCAGGGAGAUUCUCAGCUCGAUUUUUCCACACACACACACACACACACACACACGUCUCUGCAGUUUUACUGAAAAAUAUGGGCUUUAUUACCACAUUUAUAACACGGUUUUACCCGAGGACAAACAGCAUGUGGCUUGAGAGAAGACUCGAGUCGGUGUUAUGUUAGUGCAAUUAGUGCACUUAAUCAUCACCCAGUCCAGCGCUAAUGACCGCACAGCUGCAGGGGCUUAUGUAAAAGGCUUACACCUCCUAAGACAAUAAUGGUCGCUAGGAGAACAAAUGAGGUGGCACUUAAUACUCCGGAUGUGUCCGAUAAUGCGUCAGUGAGGCGGACAAGUGAGCGCCUGUCCGAGUUCAUGCGGCACAACAUGGACACAGCAGAUAUCCAUUUAAUUAAACAUGACCCGAGGGGAAUCACCAUGCACUGCUGACUUCUCUGCAGACAGGCCGGCAGCCUCUCAGCGGAAGCAGGUGGGAAACAGGAACCAUAGGCUCGAUGGAGAUGGAUCCAGAAGCCACAGAAAACAAGUGGAUUAUACCAGCUUCUUGAACGAGCAAGGAAAAUUAGGAUUUCAUUUCAGUCAUGGAAUGCUAUUUUGCACCACCAUUUUUAAAGGAGUGUAUGGUUGUUAGCUCAGUUUUUCUAUUUCAUAUUCCUCCCUGUGGAUCUUAGAUUUUUUAUCAAGUUUUGUUUAUAGUGUGACAUUGGUUUCAGUGAAGAUCAGGGAUGUUACCUACAGCUUCAUAAGUUGCCUGCUCCAGUGGGGACCAACUUCAAUGUUUUAUCAUCUAGUCUGGACCAGCAGGUGCAAGAAAAUCCACUUCCCUGCUACACCUGUCCCCCACGUCCCUUCCACAGACCCCAGGCUGCACCUCAUCCAUCUUGACAGCAGACCCCAGAUCUCCUCCUGUCUGGAUGACUAAGGGAAGAACUGCCAGACACAUAGCAUGGCUCGCUCCCCUCACCCCUCUGGCUGGAGGGAGAUGACAAAUGGAGGGGGGAACCCUGGGGGUUCCCACAGAACCACACGCUACAUGAUACAGAGACAGCACCACCAGCACAGACGCAGGUCCUCCUCACCAAUGGGACGGGUCAUUCUCAUCAAUGCACCCGUUGAUGGAGGGGACGACAGUGAGGACAUUCACACAGUGACAGUAGAUAAGAGUCCAGAUGGGCGUCUGGGUUUCAGUGUCCGUGGGGGCUCUGAACAUGGACUCGGCAUAUUUGUCAGCAAGGUGGAGGAUGACAGCUCUGCAGCACAAGCUGGGCUGACUGUUGGUGAUAAGCUGGUGGAGGUGAAUGGGGUCAGCUUGGAGAGCAUCACCAUGAGCAGCGCUGUGAAGGUCCUGACGGGCAACAACAGGCUGAGGAUGGUGGUGAGACGGGUGGGAAAGAUCCCUGGCAUCCGCUACUCCAAGGAAAAGACCACAUGGGUCGAUCUAAUUCACCGGCGAAUGGUGGUGGAGGAGAGUGGCCGCACACCAUCAGAGGCCAGUUCAGACAGCGCUCUCCGCAGGAUCGUCCAUCUCUUCACCACCUCAGAUGACUACUGUCUGGGCUUCAACAUCAGAGGAGGCAAAGAGUUUGGACUGGGAAUUUAUGUUUCUAAGUUGGACCCAGGUGGUCUUGCAGAACAGCAUGGCAUCAAAAUGGGCGAUCAAAUCCUCGCAGCCAAUGGGGUCAGCUUUGAUGACAUCACCCACAGCAGUGCAGUCGAGGUCCUAAAGAGCCACACUCAUGUCAUGUUGACCAUCAGGGAAGCAGGGAGAUACCCUGCAUACAAGGAGAUGGUGGCAGAAUAUGGCUGGCUCGACAAAUUGGCCAAUGGGGUUCCUGCGCCAUCCUACCAAAGUUCAGACUCCAACUCAUCCGCCUCCUCAUUGUCCUCCAGCACCCCCCUCAGCUCCCUCAGUGGUCUCUCCCAGGUCCUUUUCCCUCCUGUUUUUGGCUCUGAGAUGGUAGACGUCGCCAUCUCCACAGAGGACCACUAUCGACGUCCAAACAGCACAGAGCGAACUGCUGACACCGCCAUACAGACUGACCUCCAACCUUCAAGCUUCCCAGAGCACCCAUCGCCUAAUGGGUUGUACCCUGGCAACCUUGUCGCCACAGAAACCAGCCGGACUGUGGGAACCACAGUGCUGCUGAAGGACACAGUCGUACGUGGGAAAGGCGAGGGACCAUGGGAGAUGGUAGGAGUUGAGGAAGGGGGGCUGGGGCGGACGAGGACGCUUUCAUCGGGGUACCAGGAAGUAGCAAAACACUCACCUAAGACUGCAGCGCUGAUGGCCCUGAGCAGACCACGAAAGCCAAUCAGACGUUCCCAGAGCCACAUCACAGCGUCAGAGGACAGACAAAAGAAGAAAAGGCAACAGAAGGAGAAGCGCUCGGCAGAAGGCAAACCCAGCCUGCAGCGUUCUAAGACCUUUGUCAACCUGUUAUUUAAGAAAGACCGUAAAGACAAGGGCUGCUCCAAGUCACCAUCUCAUCAUGCUGAUGAAGAUAAGGCGCGAGGUCGUCCCUUCCAGCUCUUGACCUCCCCGAGGGAAUCCCGUGCUGGGAUUAAAGACAGCAUCGUCCUGCCCCGACCUGAGACACUGCAGCACGUGGAGGACAUGGCAAAGAAACUGCUCAUCCAUGAUGAGGUGGUUGCUGUGAUGAGACACUGUCGACGGUUUUUGUCUGACAAUGUGAUUGAGGAUUUAGUUCGCCCCCUUUUGGCAAUCUUGGACAGGCCAGAGAAACUGCUACUACUAAGAGAAAUAAGAAUGCUGAUACCUACAACUGAGUUGGGUCGGUUUGACAGCAUGGUCAUGCCCUUUGAGCUGGAGGCGUACAACAUACUCAAGAAUCACUCUGUGCGUUCUCCAGCUCUGCGCUCCCCUCGCAGUGGAACCCCGCGGCGUCACCUCAUCACCCCAGUCCCAGACUACAGGGGUGGGUUCCACCUCCAGCCGGUCCAGGACACACUGCAGCAGGGUCAGCUGAUUGAAGAGUUGGAGAGAUUACGUUUGUCCAGCCAGCAGUCAGGCCAUUUGCCUCCAACUCGUGCCUUUGUCCCUCUGCUGGAUGUACCUGUUGACAACUACACCUCCUCCACCAUGCGCUCCCACUCCCUGAGCCCCUCAGCCACCCACAGCUCCAUCCUCUUAGAAACCCUACACAGCACCCAACGUGGGCGCCAACCCCACCGCUCCCCAAACAGAAGAGAGAACGGGGCAUCGAGGUAUGAUGAGGUCUCCUUGUUGUCGGUAUCUGACCGAUCAGAUGUGGCUCCUGAACGAGGGAGGUCGCCUGUGAGGAACAGCCGUGGAAGAGCAAGAAGGGAGGCGAGUCCUGACAGCAUAGAUGGCAGACUGAGCAGGCAGGAGGGCUACACAGAGGUCAGCGUACGUGUUCCUUCGCAGCGAUGGGGGAGGACACCCCUGGCUGAUGUGUUUGAGCUCCAGAAAGACAAGAGUCCAUCUACAGCCAGAGGGAGCAGUCAGGAUCCAAACGAAUAUUCACAAAAUGGUGUGAAAAGAAGAACAAUUCUGCCAGCUGAGGAGUAUGAAAUCAACACUUUGACCAUCUCCAAGGCUAAGCAGUCGCUGGGUAUUAGUAUUUCUGGAGGCAUUGAGUCCAGAGUCCAGCCCAUGAUAAAGAUAGAGAAAAUCUUCCCAGGAGGAGCUGCAUCUACAAAUGAGGCUCUGAAGGCAGGGUAUGAACUGCUGUCUGUGGACGGCGAGAGUCUGCAGGGAGUGACACAUCAGCACGCAGUGGAUGCAAUUCGUCGUGCGUUCAGCAACAAGGCCAAAGACCCGAUGGUUUUUGUGGUCAAGGUCCCCAAGGUUGCUACCACCCACACCAGCCCCAGGAGAUCUGAUGACUAACCUCUGUGUGUUUCACAGCCAGGCUGCAGCCUGGGCUUGAAGGACACCGAAUCCUGCAACUCCUGUGGGAGGGAAUAAACUACAGGAUUCACUCCAGAAGAAGAAAUAUGGGACAGGUAGCUCUACAGCUGUAGUGAAGAGGAAUAGAUGCUCAGAGGCAUUUGCCCCGUGAAAGGCAGAGUUAUGUCAGGAAACAUGUCAGAGAUAAAGGUGAACACACUGCAGUAGAGUUUUAAGAUUGAUGCAGUAGCUUAUUUAUUUAUUGUUUUUUUAAAUGAUUUUAUUGCAUCAAAGGGCCCAAGCUGCAGUCAAACCCCUGCUGUAAGGACUCAGCCUUGGUGCAUGGUGUGUGUGUGUGUGUGUGUACUCUGUCAGGUGAGCUACCAGGGCGCCCUGAUACAGUAGCUCUUUCAGAAGGAUAAUGAUGUUUAUAAAUCACUUUGCAACGAUGAAAUGUAAAAUACCAGUACGAAACGUUGCAACUGUACAACUUUUAAUAGUGUUUUUAGCAAACAUUUUACUAAAUGUAUAUAUUGAACAUUUAACUAGACAAAAAGUUGUAUCUGUUUUAUGAUAAGACCUUGUGGUUCAUGAACUCCUCCUUGGCUGAGAUGGUGCCACUGUUUGAGACAACCUCGCUGUGACCUCUGAACACUGUCUGAUUGUGGAGCCAGUGGUCUGCACUUUUCAGUUGGAGCAUCUCAGUCCAGCCGCCUUGCACGCCUGCCAGAGGGAGAUUACCCCAGCCUGUGUUACGAGAUUUAUAGAUUUAUACCCAGAUUAAACCUCUGUAUUAUGUCAAAACUGAUAGUUUGGGUUUAGUGGAUGUCUGGGGGGAUUAUUACAAAUUGCUGCUCAGUAUUUUUUGCGCUGUGUUUUUCUGGCAGAAGUGCUUGUGCUCUGUAGCAAUCCGCCACUUUAGAGGCUUAAUUACACCAUGCUGUGGACUGAGCUUAUGCAGACAUGUGGAGGAGUUGGAAAAACAUGUCAAUGAGAAAUGCAGGACAUGGAGGCCAGUGGCACAGUUUAAAUCAAAGUAGGGUAGAGGAGAUAUGGACAGCAAGGUAACGGGAAUAUAGUGUGCAUAGUGCCUUACUUCAGCAGUUUAAUAAGUGCUUGAAAAGCUAAAGGUGAAAUGUUUCAAUUCAGACUUGCAUUUAAAUAUAGAGAUGAAACUGAUUACAUCUAACCCUUUGAAUUAUUUCAAGUACAGAUAUUUGAAGUUAAUUCAAUAAAUGCUCAGUAAGUAUACUUUGUUCUCCCUUG